UAAUUUUGUUUGAAAAAAGGCACCUGUGAUUGAAUUAAUUCUUAACCUAAUUAUUUAUGCAAGGCCCUUUUUUAAAAAAAAAUAUGGAAAAAAAAACAUAUGUAAAUUCUUGACACUGUAUUUACAUUUAAAAUCUGCAGCAUGUAGUUUUUUCUCAUGAACUUUCCUGCUUAGUUAUCAUUAUUACCAUCUUCAGCACCACCACUCUUAACUUAACAUCUGUUUCCAUUCUAUAAUAGCAUGGGUUGGGUGGGGAUUAUACCCCUUAUGCCCCUUAUAUGACCUUUCAAUCUAAUCUAGACCAUUCCUAUCAAUAAAGGGAGAGUGAUCGCUCUUGCUAACGCAAAGACUUGCCCAAUUCUGAGAAAUGAGAAACUAGCUGAGCCAUUAUUUGCUCCCCUAGUUCCACAAACAUUUUGUCUGGCUGAGCAAUAUCAAUUCAUCUCACAUGGAAAUCAAUGUUAUCUUUCAUAUUAUUUGAAGUAAAAAAUAACCAAAAUGUGUAAAAAAUAUUAAGAUUUAAAAAUGGAUAUAAAAGAUUUUGUAAUAAAAUAUGUAAUAAAAUAUUUAUAAACUCAAUCUAAACCCAAUCUAAAUUAUUGUAACCUUGGGUGAGCGAUUUAUUGCUCGGCUGUUAUAUUUGUAUUGAUAGGCUUGCUAGGUUAUUUGUUUUUUAAAUCUAUUUUCUCUGCUUCAAGCCUGUCUAGAUUAUCUUUUGCUAAGUCUUUCUCAGUCUACCCUGUAACUAUCAAAGCUCUACACUUUCUUACCCAGUUAACCCCUCCCCCACUAUUUUUUCUGAAUGUCAGCAAGUCAAUCUUUGCUAACCAUUCUCAUAUCAUUCUUUCAUAAACAGUCAAGAUCUUUUUGCUUCACUGCCCAUGUCUUACUACAGUACAACAGUUAAUUGAUACUUUUUACACACGCCUAAACCAACCAAUCUCCACCUCAAUUGACAAGACUCUAUUAGUCAACCAAAAAAAAUAACUUUCUGGAUUAUUCCCUAGCAGAAUCAUUCUGCAUGCAGUACUUCGACUAACACACCUCUCAUUACUAUCACCUAAUUCGUUAAGGUUAAAAUUUAACCUUUGAUAAAAAAUUUCCUAAAAUAAAAAUUGCUAACAGGCUAUAAAAAGAAGAAAUCGUUUAAAAGAAAGUCCUAUUUGUAACAAGAGAUCAAUGGAAAUCAAUGGUACACAAUCCUCCAAGACCACAACUAUAAGAUGGUUUGUUUAGUUUUUAAAAUGCAUGCAAAAAUGAGAAGAAAUAAAGUGAAUCUGAUUGGAUUUUGCAUUAUCUUCAUGGCUAUGGAAUUAUCGCAUUCUGUGUACCAGUCUGUUACAUAUCCUUCUAUCAUUUGGGAUCCUUGGAAUCCACUGUUUGCAUGUGAUGUUCCAAAGAUAUCUGUUAGGCUUGACGAUAGUAUUAACUUUAAUUGUCCAUCAAAAGAGCUUCAAAGUUUUUUGCAAAAGGGAACUACUCUUAGCAAUGUAUAUGAAAAUAUUUAUUUUAUUGAUACAAAUAAAAAUAUGUAUGACAGCUGUAAUGCCACAGGUGGUAUCAUGUUGUUAAAUUGUACGUACACGAACGGUGAUCCAUCAUCCAAAACUUUAAGUUUUCGUCAAUUUUCGUUCCCUGGUAUGCCUACGUUUACAGCUGGGAAAACUCAUUAUAUUAUUGGAACUGGCUUUCGUACUAAAGAGAAUCUUGCUAAUAUGGUUGGUGGGAGUUGUUCAAAAAGUGGAGCUAAGGGUGAACAUAAAUUACGACUCGAGAUAUAUGUUUGCACUGAAGAUGAUAUAAAGAGUGGGACAUGUGACUCAUGUAAAACUACAGGCUGCUACUACAAGGGCUGUGGCACUGUGAACUGUACAAAUUGGUCAUAUUUGAAUGGCAGCAAUAUGAUAGUGGAUGAAUCUGGAGACAGAUGUUCACGGUUGCUUUCCAGAACAUGCUCAAAUGUGCUCACAAGCACAUCUACUGUUGAGUAUAAGAAGGAACAAACAACUUGUGGCAUUGUGACAGGUAAAAAGAAUUGCUCUCAAUGGUUUUCUACUAGUGGCUCUUAUGUUGACCAGUCUGAAAAGAAAUGCAUAAGUAUUAUGCAAAGAACAUGUGUACACCCUGUUUUUGGUAACAGUACUGAAUUCAAGAGUGUUGAGGGCAAAUCUUGUGUUUUUCCUACUGAAGGAGGGCUAAUAACAGGAGCUAAACAAACGGGUAAAGUUGGAUCCUCUGAUAAAACGUUGAUGUAUGUUGUGAUAGCUGCUGUAACUUCUUUGACUUGUGGUAUUAUUUUUGGUGCUUGCGGACAUCAUAAACUUCACUCACGAAAUUGCAACUACAAGGAGAAAAAUGGAAAUAAAGUUUUAGAUGGAAGAACAGAAAAAGGCGAUGGAUUUGUAAACAAAGGUUAUCGUGAAAGUGUGUCAGCCCCAGGCACUGAUGCCCCAUCUAUUCAUUAUGACACAGUGCAAGAAAAGGUUGGAGGGGUACGAUCUACAUUUGGAUGAUGUAAAUGACAGUUUGGAAGAUGUAAUGAUGGUACUUUCACCAAAAUCAAAUCUUUGUAGUAACAAAAAUUAUAUAACAAAAAAAUGGCUGCACUGAUUUCCAUAAAUGAUGUGUGCAUAUAACAAUUGUUUGUUAUUUUCAAAACAUAUCAUAUUUAAAUUCUAUAACUAUUAAACGUCUGGUAAUUUUUCCUGCAGUCUAUAGGAUUGCUAAAAUUAAUUCAGUUUUUUAGGGUAACUGACCUUGAAGGAAAAUCUUUUUCUGUCUCUCUGUCUGUAUGUCUGUCUGCACUAAAUUUACAAGUUUUUUAUUUGUAAGAUUAUUUCAGGAUAAAUUUAAUUGGACUAUAAAUUUAAUACAGUUUUAUAUAAAUUUUUAUUCUAGUUACCAUAAUUUGGAUAGGGGAGUUAUGAUGUUAUUUCUGAUAAUGCUAUUGUGAUUUUUAACUAUUGUAUUUUAAAUUAUUGUAAAAGAAAUAUUAAAAAAACGUUGGAUUAGUAAGAGAAAAUACUUUAUCUAAAUUGAGAAAUCGUGUCGAAAAUAAAAGAUUCUCAGUGAACAGCAGCCCUAAGUCAUGCUAAGAUGAAUCACCCUUUUUUAGAUUGUUUUAAUUAAAAAUGUUGUGACUGCUACCUAGCAACUAAAUGGUUUAUAUAAUAUUAAGCAUUGGUUGUAAUCAAGAGCAUACUUGACUGCAUCAUUAAUAUCAUUAACAUGUGAUUAUAACUCACUGUGUUUAAUUAUUUUUGACUCAGAAAUACACAGUAAGGCAUGUA